AUGUGGGAGGGCCUGCGCAGAGGGCAGCGGGGCCCAGGCACUCUGCACGGCCGCUGCUCUGGGCCGCUGCCUGACCCACCUGCGACACUCACGCAUGACUCGGGCUUCUGGGAAGGGCCACACCCGGGUGCAGGCUUCGGUGUCCCGUCGCUGUGGGUGUGCAACCGCGCCCCAGCCCGAGGCUGUGCCCUGCUGUCCGGGCCCCACGUCUGCCGGGUGCACGCGACGCUGACACGGAACCACAGCUACCCGGACAGCUCCGUGGGCUCCAGCGAGGGCGCACACCUGCCCAGCGCCACCACCCCACGUGCGGCGCGGCGCCCCGUGGCCACGCACUGGUGUCCUUUCGACACGCGAAGCGACGCCGGGCCGGAAGCCUCUUCAGCUCCUGAGAAAAAAAAGGAGAAGCCUCUUCCAAGACUUAAUAUCCAUUCCGGAUUCUGGAUUCUGGCAUCCAUUGCUGUGACCUAUUACGUUGAUUUCUUUAAGACCAUUAAAGAAAAUUUCCACACCAGUAGCUGGUUUCUCUGCGGCGGCGCCUUGUUGCUGCUCAGCGUGUGCAUCGCCUUCUACUGCGUCCUCUACCUGGAGUGGUACCGCGGGGUCACAGACUACGACGUCAAGUAUCCAGCCUUGAUACCCCUCACAACUGCGGCUUUCCUCGUAGCAGGAAUUUGCUUCAACGUGGCCUUGUGGCACGUGUGGUCGUUGUUCACCCCUCUGCUGCUGUUCACCCAGUUCAUGGGGGUUGUGAUGUUGAUCUCCCUCCUCGGGUGACCUCUGAAGGUGGAGGCCCGCUGGUCACAGCGAAUGGCGGGCAGCAGCCAGCCGGCGGCCUGGGCGCGUGCAAGGAAGGGAUGGAAAAGCGGCUGUGUUUGCACCUGCACGUGAAUGGUUUUCUCGGAAAAACUGUGACUUCAUAUAUCUGGUUGAAAUCAGAAUAAAUAAACUUGCAUUUGCUUAAGCACAAAUGAUUAUUGAACUUUUCAGACUCAAGGGAGAAAUAAUUCUGUUCAGAAUCAAAGUGACUGAUUUGCAUCGUUAAUAUUUGACUGUCAGAGAAAGUAUCGCGUAAACAUGUCAUGUGAACAGUCUGGUGCAAGAGGCUCCACACCAGGGCCACGUUGCUGAUGCAUUUGAGGGGUGCCGGUUCCUGGUGCGUACAGAGUGGGGUGUCCUGGGCCUUAAGCCCCCUCGGCACGGGUGUCCUCAGGCACAGCCCCUCCCCUUAGGCGGGCGGGCCAGCGAGAGCGUGCGGCUUCCCGCGGGCUUUAGCUAAUUUACUGGGCUCUCAGCCUUUGACUAACAUACGAUCUUUCCAUCGUUUAAAUCGUGUAAUUUUUUCCUUGACACUUAAAUAAAACAGUUUUAUAACGUU